UUAUAAAAUGAUGGGUCCACCAAAAGGUUUCCAGUUUGCAAUUGAUAGAGGAGGUACCUUUACUGAUGUGUUUGCUCGUUGUCCAAAUGGCAAGGUGCGGGUUAUGAAGCUGCUCUCAGUGGACCCUCAGAACUAUGAUGAUGCACCUAGAGAAGCCAUAAGAAGAAUCUUACAAGAGGAAACUGGCAAUGCUUUAGACACAGAUGGCAAGGUGAAUUCUUCCCUAAUAGAGUCUAUAAGAAUGGGAACAACAGUUGCUACAAAUGCCCUUUUAGAGCGUAAAGGAGCUAAAAUGGCACUGGUUAUCAACAAGGGUUUCAAAGAUCUUCUGCUUAUUGGAAAUCAAGCUAGACCAAACAUAUUUGAUUUGAAUAUCAGACGUCCAGAAGUUUUAUAUGUGGAUGUAGUAGAAGUCGACUGUAGAGUAAUACCAGCACUUGAAGACCGUUGCCAGAUAGAUAAAUCCAAACAUAACUGGAAAGUAGUGUAUGGUACAACAGGACAGAAGAUGCUUAUCACAAAAGAUAUUGAUGAUGAAGCUGUAAAUAAAGACUUGAUGGAACUAAAAAAGAAAGGAAUAGACAGUAUUGCAGUUGUAUUAGCACACAGCUACACAUAUGCAGAACAUGAAAAGAAAAUUGGAAAAAUUGCUGUUGAAUUAGGUUUCGACCAAGUAUCGCUAUCUCACUCUGUGACGUCAAUGGUGCGUCUGGUCCCGCGCGGGUUUACGGCGUGCGCGGACGCAUACCUCACGCCGCACAUUCGCGAGUACCUGAAGGGCUUCGCUGAAGGAUUCUCCGAGGGCUUACGGAACUCCAACGUGCUGUUCAUGCAGAGCGACGGUGGAUUGACACCUAUGAACAUGUUCAAUGGUUCUCGUGCCAUACUUUCUGGCCCCGCUGGUGGCGUGGUUGGCUAUGCAUUGACGUCAUAUCAAAAGGAAACCGACCUACCUGUUAUAGGUUUCGACAUGGGCGGGACGUCGACGGACGUGUCGCGGUACGCGGGCGCGCUCGACCACGUGCACGAGGCCACUACCGCCGGCGUCACCAUACAGGCGCCGCAGCUUGACAUAAACACGGUGGCGGCCGGCGGGGGGUCGAUGUUGUUCUUCCGUUCGGGUCUGUUCGUGGCGGGCCCGCAGUCGGCGGGCGCGCAGCCCGGCCCCGCCUGCUACAGGAAGGGCGGCCCGCUCACAGUCACCGACGCCAAUCUCGUGCUCGGACGUUUAAUACCUGAAUAUUUUCCAAAAAUAUUUGGUCCUCAAGAAAAUGAACCGUUAGACAAAGAUGCUUCAAUAAAAGUUUUUUCAAAACUGACGGAAGAGAUCAACAGUUUUAUUCUGAAGGAAGGCGGUAAAAAGAUGACCAUGGAAGAGGUAGCAAUGGGCUUCAUAAAUGUCGCGAACGAGGCGAUGUGCCGGCCAAUAAGGUCUCUGACGACUGCGCGCGGUCACGACGCUCGCGCGCACGCACUGGCGUGCUUCGGCGGCGCGGGCGGGCAGCACGCGUGCUCCGUGGCCAAGAGACUCGGCAUUACUACUGUCUUACUGCACAAAUACGCCGGUAUCUUAUCGGCGUACGGUAUGGCGUUGGCGGACGUGGUGGAGGAGGCGCAGCAGCCGAGUGCGGCGCGGUACUGCCCGGAGCAGUUUCCCGAGCUGGACAGACAGCUUGAUGUGCUGGCUGCCGUCUGCCGGGACAAGCUGCGAGCACAGGGCUUCACGGAUGCACAGAUAGUGACGGAGCCGUACUUGCAUCUGCGGUACGCGGGUACGGACUGCGCGCUCAUGGUGGCGCCGCAACCCGGGACUAGCGCGACACGACAUGGCGACUUCUAUGCUGCGUUUAUAAAACGGUACGAGAGCGAGUUCGGCUUCACGUUGUCCGGUAGAGACGUGUUAGUGGACGACGUCCGAGUCCGCGGUAUUGGCCGCAGCUCCGUGCCGGAGGAGACUGCGCCACCUAGCGGGAAGGGCACCCAGCCCACUGUUGAGAAGGUGGUGCAAGUAUACUUCGACGGUCGGUACCAUGAUACGGCGAUAUACUCGCUGGAUAAGCUGCGGCCGGAUCAGCAGGUACCCGGACCCGCCAUCAUCAUGGACAGCCUCUCCACCAUACUCAUUGAGCCAGACUGCCACGCCGACAUAACCAAGUACGGCGACAUCCGCAUCACGGUGGGCGCAGGCCAGACGCAGACAGUCGGCGCCGACCUUGACUCCGUGCAGCUCAGCAUAUUCUCGCACCGGUUCAUGUCCAUCGCGGAGCAGAUGGGACGGGUGCUGCAGCGCACGUCGAUCUCUGUGAACAUCAAGGAGCGGCUGGACUUCUCGUGCGCGCUGUUCGGUCCGGACGGCGGGCUGGUGUCGAACGCGCCGCACAUACCCGUACACCUCGGCGCCAUGCAGGCCACUGUGCAGUAUCAGAUGGAAGUGCGCGGCGACAGCCUAAAGCCGGGUGACGUGAUACUGGCCAACCACCCCAAGGCCGGCGGCUCCCACCUCCCUGACUUUACCGUCAUCACGCCCGUCUUUCACAACUCGAAGAAACCAAUAUUCUUCGUGGCGUCGCGCGGCCACCACGCGGACAUCGGCGGUCUGACGCCGGGCUCGAUGCCGCCGCACUCCACCUCGCUGCCGCAGGAGGGCGCCGCCUUCCGCUCCUUCCUGCUGGUGGACGCCGGCCGCUUCAACGAGGAGGAGCUUGUUAAAGAACUGAUGAAGCCUGGUGAGGUGCCUGGGUGUUCCGGAACAAGAAAUUUAGCUGAUAACCUCUCGGACUUGAAAGCGCAGGUUGCGGCCAACCAGAGGGGUAUUCAGCUAGUGGGCGAGCUGAUAGAUCAGUACGGGCUGGGCGUGGUGCAGGCGUACAUGGCGCACAUACAGCGCAACGCCGAGCUCGCCGUCAGAGACAUGCUCAAAGACAUAGCUGAGAAGUGCAUCGAGCGAACGGGAUCAGCUGUUCUGGAGGCUACGGACUACAUGGACAACGGCACACCGAUACAUCUCAAGAUAACUCUUGACAAGGACGAAGGAAGCGCCAUCUGUGAUUUUACUGGGACAGGAGUAGAAGUGUGGGGUAAUCUGAACGCCCCGAAGGCCAUCACACUGUCUGCUCUUAUUUACUGCUUGCGGUGUAUGGUUGGACACGACAUUCCUCUCAAUCAGGGCUGUCUCAACCCAAUAACGGUAAUCGUCCCGGUGGGUUCGAUCCUGGACCCGUCAGACUCCGCGGCGGUGGUGGGGGGCAACGUGCUCACCUCGCAGCGCGUCGUCGACGUCGUGCUCAAGGCUUUUCAGGUUUGUGCAGCGUCUCAGGGCUGCAUGAACAACUUGACGCUGGGCGAGGCCAGUUGGGGCUACUACGAAACCGUGGCGGGCGGCAGCGGAGCGGGUCCGGGCUGGCACGGCGCGGGCGGCGUGCACACACACAUGACCAACACGCGCAUCACGGACCCCGAGAUUGUCGAGACGCGCUACCCCAUACUCGUCAGCCGCUUCUCGCUACGUCCGAACAGCGGCGGCAAAGGCGAGUGGGCGGGCGGGGACGGCGUGCGUCGCGAGCUGGUGUUCCGGCGGAGCGUGCAGCUGUCCGUGCUCACCGAGCGACGCGCCUUCCAGCCUUACGGGAUGAACGGCGGGGAACCGGGUGAGAGAGGUCUUAACCUGCUGCAGCGUGCGGACGGCAGACUCAUCAACCUCGGCGGAAAGGCGUCGGUUGAAGCUUAUCCCGGGGACGAAUACAUAAUGUGCUCUCCUGGUGGCGGCGGAUAUGGAAAACCCCGUGAGGAGUAGAUGAAUAUGGCUCCCAUUUUAGGAGUAAUUCAGAACAAAUAUUUUUGAUACAAAAAAAAAUAUAAUCAAUUGAAAAUACAAAGUGAUAAUGCAGUGCCAUUAUUAUGAAAAAAGAUAUCUAAGUUUGGCAUCUUGAGUAGGUUUAAGUACAAAUUGUAACUAUGCAAAAUACACAAUUUUUAAUAUUUUGUUAUUAAUUUGUUAUGUUAUUUACUUGUUAUAUUUAGAAAUACGGAAGGAUCCAAUUUAAUGCAUUUAUUAUUAUUCUCAAAAAAUAUAAAAUAUUUUAUGCAUCGCGCAAAUAGGAGAGUAAUGAGCAAGCAAUAAACCAAUGUGAUAGGAUCUCAUAUAAAAACAGAGGUUUUAUAGCUUUUUAUAUUUUUAACUAUGAUUUAC